GAGAGGGAGAGCGGAACCCGCUCCCCCGUACAGUCUACCUGUAGGCUAGAGGAAAUAACAGACAGGAUUUUUGUAAUAAUCGACGUAUCUCAUUAAUUUAAAAGGGCAUGUUUACAGCAACCUCAGCAUUUCGCCUUUUUAACACGAAAAAAAAGAUGCUCAAGCGGGAUUGAUCCGCUGCCUCGGUCGAAGGAGCUGUCCACCAUGAGGUGCUGAUCGGCGGCCUGGCAGAACGAUGGCGACGGGGAAGUGGCUUCUAUAUACGGGUCUCUGUCUGUCUCUCGUCGCCUUGUGUUUCCUGACAGUCGCACUCUCAUCGGAUCACUGGUACGAGACGGACGCGAGGAGAUACAAGGAUCGUUGCCGAACUUUCUCGAACCGCAGGAGCGAUCCAGGUUUCAUUUACAUCCCCAACCACAGCCUUCCGCUGCGAGCCAGCCGAGCGAGCCUGGACCGAUGGGAAGACCGACUGCUGCUGCAAAGAAACCGGCGUCAGCUGUUCGCGAUGAGCACGGCUGAUGAGUGCAGCAGACGCUACAAUUCAACCAGCAUGGGGCUGUGGAGCAAAUGCUACAGGGUGGGAUUUGACCCAGACAUCGAAGAGCUCAUACAAAAAGGAACUGUCGAGCGUUGCUCCUUUAUAAAGUACUAUUACUCCUCUGCAGUGACACGAAAGGAUCUUUCCUACAAUAUCACCAAGACUAUCCAGCAAGAUGAUUGGCAUGCCCUGCAUUUGCGUCGGAUGACAGCUGGCUUCAUGGGCAUGGCUCUAUCCAUCAUCCUAUUUGGCUGGACCAUUGGUGUUUUGGGCUGUUGCUGGGAGCAAGGCCUCAUGCAUUAUGUUGCCGGUCUGCUCUUCCUUAUGGGAGGUACCUUCUGCAUAAUCUCUCUUUGCACCUGUGUGGCUGGCAUCAACUUUGAACUGUCUCGCUACCCACGUUAUCUCUUCAGCCUCCCAGAUGAUAUAAGCCAUGGUUACGGCUGGUCCAUGUUCAGUGCCUGGGGAGGACUAGGACUGACCCUCAUAGCUGGGUUCUUCUGCACCCUGGCACCAUCGAUUCAGCCUCCCCCACAAUCCCGUACCUCCUGUCCUAAGACUCGCAUGGAGAAUGGAACGGUGUGCUAAAGCUUCACAUGACACUUUGUACAUUGACAUAAACUUGUUCAUAGAUUUCGUCAUGGGUAUUAAAAGCACGGAGGCUGUUGAAAGACAUUUUGUGCUGGAAGGUGACAAGCCAUGUCUGUCGAGACUCUCAAAUGAUGUGCAAAAAGAAGAAUCUGUUAUAAAAGCACAUUUGUACAGUUGUAUAAAAGCUUUCUUCCUGACAUGAGUUCAGCAUGUCCUUGGUGAAGCAGUUCUUGGUGUUUGUCUUUGUGUUCAGUAGAUCGUGUUUGAAUUUCAAAACGAGUUUCCAAGACCUUUCCGAUGUAUAAUUACCAUGAAUUUCAUGCCUUGUAGAUGUUUUCAAUGUCAAUAAUUUCUUCAUUGGACAAUAAAA